AGCUCAAGGAGAUCUUCGACGAAGUUGGCGUUAGCUACAAGGGCCUGUCAAAGGACGCGCUCAAGGCCAAGGCGUACAAGGAGGGCGUGAUGCGCAAGUACUGGGAAAAGUACCCGGAUAAGAAGUACAAGAAGCCGAAGGGCUCUGGCAUGCCUGGCUUGGAGGGCCUCGGCGGCGACUUCGGUCCCGGCGGCAAGUACGAGGACAUGAUGCGGCAGAUGCGCGGCGACUUUAGCGCGGAGAAGGACCCCGAGAGGCGAAGGAUCCUCGAGAAGCUCGCGGCCAAGGGGAUGAGCUUCGCCGGCGGAGCGAGCCAGUCGACAGAGGAGCUCAAGAAGAUGGAGAAGAUGCUCGACGGCAUCAACCUCGGCGGCUUCGGCAAGGGCGACGGCGGCGCGGGCGCGGCGCCGGCGGCGGAGGACCGCGGGGAGGAGCCACGCGAGACGAGUGAGAUGGAGGAGGUGGAGGAUGAGGACAAGGUGGAGCUGUAG